AUGGCUGUAAAACGUGGUGGUUUGAUUAUUUUCGAAGGUCUCGAUAGAAUUGGAAAAACAACACAAAGCAAACUUUUGUAUGAUCAUCUUACUCUUGAAUGCGGUCUUCUAUGUGAACGUUUAUCAUUUCCUGAUCGAUCAACACAAAUUGGUUCUUUAAUUGAUAGUUAUUUACAGCGUAAAAUUGAUUUUAAUGAUCAUACAAUUCAUCUUUUAUUUUCUGCUAAUCGUUGGGAAUCUAUUGAUUCAAUGCGAACAAAACUUCUUCAAGGUUAUACAUUAAUUGUUGAUCGUUAUGCUUUUUCUGGUGUUGCAUUUACACAAGCUAAAGGUCUCGAUAUAAAAUGGUGUCAAUCAUGUGAUAUUGGUUUACUUCAACCUGAUCUUGUUCUUUAUUUUCAUCGUAAUAAACAAUCAAAUUGUUUAUCUUAUACGGGCGAUGAACGAUAUGAAACAAAAUCAUUUCAAGAAAAAGUUGAAUUUUAUUUUGAACAAUUACGUUCAUCAUCAUCAGAACAAUGGAAAGAUGUUAAUGUAAUAGAUAAAGAUAAUAUAGAGAUGCGUGAUAAAGAAUCCAUUCAAAAUGAAAUUCGUUUAUAUGUAAAAAAUUGUCUUGAUGGCAUUAAAAGCAAUCAUAUAGAUGAGUUAUGGAAAGAUAAUUAA